UCUGCCCGUUGUGACCUCGGGCACCGCCCCUUCGGGUCAGCGCCAUGGCCGCCACGCUUUUGCUGCGGCAAGGACGAGCCCGGGCGCUGAAGGUAAACGAGGAGCCUGCCCAGACUCUGCUCCUAGCAGCACGGGUGUCUCGAGGACUUUCUUCCACAGUUUCUCUCUCUGCAGAAUCAGGGAAGAGUGAAAGGGGACCGAAUUCCAAGAAGCAAAGUCCACCAAAAAAUGUAGUGGAACCAAAGGAGAGGGGCAAGCUACUAGCCACCCAAACAGCAGCUGAAUUGUCUAAAAACUUACCUUCACCCAGUUCUUAUCCAUCAGUUGUGAAUAAAGGCAAGAUGGUAGCUAGCCCCAGCCCCGAUGACAGCAUGGUGUUCACAAAUGAAGGGCUCCCGAAAUUUUUGUCAAGAAAGACUUUGGUAGAGUUUCCUCAAAAAGUUUCGUCUCCAUUGGGAAAACAGGGUUCUGAUUCAGAAGCUGAUCGGGAGGGCCAGGAAGUGAGGGAUGAUUCAUCUUCAUCUUCAUCUUCAUCCAGCUCCUCUGACUCAGAGUCUGACGAGGAGGGUGACAUCCCAGAAGCUGAUCCUCGAGUGGUGAGCAAAGGCAAAGGAGGAUUUCCAAAACUAGACGCUUCCCGGUCCUCUGAAAACAGAGCCCCCCAAGUUGUGAUGUCAGCCAAAGAGAAAACCUGGCUGCAGAAGCCACAUAUGGGCCUCGCCUGUCCAGAGAAUCACCAUCAGCCAAAGAAGAAAGGAACCACCAUAAAGACAUUAGAGGACAGAAAAGAUGCUACACCAAAAACCACAAUACCCAAAUCACAAGUAGAUGAGUGCUUGAAGCAAAAUGUAAAGGAAAAACAAUUGCAGAAAAUACUUAGAUCAGAGGAAAUAGAUGAAGAAAGACAAAGGCCGUUUGAAGUGAAAGGAAUCUUACCCAACCACACGAAACCAGGAUUGUCUGCCCAGCGGGGUGGCAGCCCAGUGCCCACACUGUUGGCAGAAGAAACCAGAGCAGGAGGGCAGCCACAAGCCACUCCUCCUGGGGCUGGAGAAGGACAGCUGGAAAAACAAGUGCCAGAGCCUAACUGGAAGGUGGCUUCUCCCCUGUUCCAAAAAGAAAACCUGGGGAAGCAGGUAGUAGAAGGACAUAUGAAAGCCACAGAAGAGAUCUUGGAAGAUCAGGUACCAGUAAGAAAUUUGGAGACGGUUCCUGUUGAGAAUGAAGACAUUUUCGAUGAGAAGACAGCAGUUCUAAGGCUUGAGGAAAAGGGUGAAGGAGGAGAAGACUCAGCUACUCACGUGGAAGACCCAGACUGCACACAGGAGGCCACACCAACCCUGGCACCUGCUGAGCCGUAUGACACCACCACCUACAAGAAUCUCCAGCACCAUGACUACACCAUGUUCACCUUCUUAGACCUAAACCUGGACCUCUCAAAAUUCAGGUUGCCUCAGCCCUCUACAGGACGAGAGUCACCUCGACACUGAGUGCUCUCAGUUGAAAGAUUAACCUUGCAUUGUCUUUGCUGCAUUCUUGCCUGAAAACAAUAAAAUUCGCUCAAGAAUUACAAAGCCCAA